AUGGGAAACAAGGCUCCUAAGACUAUAUUCACUGAUCAAGAUCAAGCUAUGUCAAAUGCUAUUGAAAAAGUGUUUCCCAAUACUCGUCAUCGUUUGUGUGAGUGGCAUAUUGCAAAGAAUGCUGCUACAAAUAUUCCUCAGCUAUAUGCACAGCCUGAAUUUAAGAACAAGUUUUUCACUAAGUUAUUACAUGGUUGUGAAAAUGAAGAAGAGUUUCAAAGUACUUGGGAUAAAAUGGUUCAAUGUUGGGAUGUAGGUAGUAAUAAAUGGCUUAAAAGGUUGUAUGAACUUCGAGUUAAGUGGUGUCCUGCCUUUAGUUUUGACACUUUAUCUGCAGGCAUUCGCUCAACUCAAAGAAGUGAGAGCACAAAUAAUGUUUUUCACCAUAUGGCUUGUAAGUCAAUGACAUUAACUGAAUUUGUCAAGCAUUAUGAAGAAAAUGCGAGGAAAAUGCGUGAGGCUGAAAUUGAAGAUGACUAUAGUUGUGCUCGGGGGAAACCAAAGUUGUAUGUUCGCAAUAAUGGGAUUUUGAAACAUGCGUCUACCAUUUACACACAUGUAAUUUUCAGAAAAUUUCAAGAUGAAUUUUUGCAAGGUAUUUCAGAGGUGAUCCUGGAUAAAUCUCUUGUAAAGCCAAUGCAUGUCUAUACUUUGAAAAAUGAAGGUGGCAAAAGAAUACAUGUGGUUCAUUUUAAUCCUGCAGAUUUGAGCAUUACAUGUAGUUGUCUAAUGUUUGAGUCCAAAGGUUGGUUAUGUCGGCAUGCUUUAAGGGUUUUGAAUGUUGAAUAUGGUGUCAAAAAUAUUCCUCCACAAUAUGUUCUAAAGAGAUGGACAAAGUCUGUCAAAGAAGGAAUUGUGAAAGAGUUUGAUUUUGGAAUGUCAGAAGGUGAUUUGGCAUCAUCAAAGACCAUUCGGUUCAACAAUCUGAUGAGAAAGGAAUUUUCAAUUAUGAGCAUUAGUGCAGCUCAUAUUGAUACUACUAAGAUAGCAAAUGAGAAUUUGGAUGUUAUCAUUGAUAGAUUGAAAUCAUAUAGAGAAAAUAAUGCUUUGGAUAAUAGGGACCUACGUAUUGGGAACCCAUCUUUAGCUCAGGGUAGGCCAUCAUUACUUGAUUGGCCAAAAGUGAGAGCGAAAGGCGUUGGAUAUGGAAGACAGAAGGGUCCAUUAGAGAAGCGGAGAAAAAGGGCUACAAAAAAUGCACCUUCAACUUCACAGCCAGGUUAUGCACCUUCCACUUCACAAUCAGGUUAUGCACCUUCCACUUCACAAUCAGGUUUUACACACUUUGACAAUGAUUAUGGACAAAAUAUGACAUUCACAAGUCUAUUGAGCCAGGCUUCCAGCUACAAUUAUCCCGAAUAUGGUGUAGGAUCGAUGGGAAUUGAUAUGGAGCCUUGA